GACCGACCAUAACGCAGCUCCUACUGGUUGCAAUCCGUGGAGGAUCUUUUUAAGUGGAAAUGUGAGCUCAAGCCGCCCCCUCUUUUCCACACAGACAAGCUACAAAGAACCAACUCCACCUUUUCUUCCUCCUCCCUUCCACAUUUCUCCUCUCCCUCUCUCCCUGCCUUUACUCUCUCUCUCUCUUUCUCUCUAACCGCUCCUCUCUUCCAUCUCUUUCCCACUCCUUCCAGGAGUGGUUGCUUUUUGAUCUGCUGAACUUUUCUUCCCAAUUCCUAGAAUGAUCACCUUCGUCUUCCUCUCUCCUUGUUCCUCUUGAAUCACUUGUUGUAUCUCUCUUCCCUCCAACAUAUAUAAUAUAGUCUCCUCCUCUCUUCCCUUAAUGGACUCAGCCAACAGUAGCAGCCUUCACUCCUCCAGUGGUGGAGGCGGUGAUGAUGAGUUUGAUUCCCGCACCGGCUCCUUUUCCGCCUUCUUCCACUCCUCCACUGCAACCUCCGCUAGCGCUGCAUCCGCCCUUCGACCAGCACCGCCACCCUCUUCCUCCUACCCCCGCAGCCACCACUUCCUUGACUCCCUCUCCUGCAUCGACUCCACCCCUCUCCUCCCCCACUCCCCCGCCGCCAUGGCCUCUCAUGGUGUCGGCUUCGGUGUCAGCGUGGGUCCCUCGUCGGUGCAACCACUUGGUCAGUCAAACGUCGCCGCCGCCGCAACCGCACUGCCGCGGGGCUCCAAGAAACGUUCCAGGGCAUCGCGGCGAGCCCCGACGACGGUGCUCACAACCGACACCUCCAACUUCCGCGCCAUGGUGCAAGAAUUCACCGGCAUCCCCUCCCCUCCCUUCGCCGCCUCCCCGUCCUCCUCCUUCGCCCGCGCUCGUCUCGACCUCUUCCACUCUGCCACUGCCUUCCGUUCCUGCUCUGACCCUCCGCCGCCAGUCUCGUCUUUCCUGUUCCCUCGCCCCUUCAUGCAACAGGUUCUGUCCCCUUCUCUCGUUCCCAUCUCUUCUGCUUCCUCUGCUAAUGCUAGUGCUACUAUCUCCAAUGCUAUUGCUGCAACUAGCAAUACUAUCUCCAAUGCCCAUUCUACUACUAGUAAUAGCAUCAAUCCAUCUAGUAGCAAUAGCUACCAGCUACCUUCGUCUGUACUUGGCCUUGCUAGCCAAAACCAACAUCUUCUCGACCCAAGCCUUACAAUCCAACCGCUCCUCCAACCUUCGUCUGCACUUGGCCUCGGUAGCCAAAGCCACCCUCUUUUGAACCCAAGCCUUACGUUCCACUCGCUCCUCCAACCUUCACUUCAUGCAAAGAGCAACCUGCCUGCCAUGCCAGCAGACUUGGACACCAGACCUCUAACUAGAGGGCACGCCGGUUAUGCUUUGAACGAGCUCGGACUCCCAACGAGGCUUGCCGCAUCCCAAGGCACGCACUCGGUCCAUUCUGCUGUGUCAGGACAGGACGGCGGCAGGGAUCGAGCAUCACCAAGGCCGAUCCUCAUCGGUAACUACAGUUCUGGCUCACACCAAAGAGUGAGCAGUAAUCACAAGGCGAACUACUCCCGAUCGAGUUCGUCGGAGUUCAAUGCGGAGAAUGUGACAGACGGCGUUACGGCGAUGAGGGGCGAAGGUAUGGUGGAUUCAUGGAUUUGUUCUUCCGAUUAGGAGAUAGAGAAGAGAUGUGUCAAGUCAAAGGGGAGGAAGGAAAUGAGCUCAUGCCUGCUUAUUCAGCACUAUGACUAAUAAUAGUGGUUCCAACACAUUUCUUCUUUCCUAAUAUCUGCAUUGAUGCAUGUACUUCUUUGAUACUUGUCGUAGAACCCUAGGGAGGGAGAUGGAGAUGAGAUGUAGAUUACAGACUCGGUUGCAGCUCAAAAUGAGGAUCGGCGCACGGGAUGGGCGCGUCUUCCGGCGAGAUUUAAGGAACUGGUAGCCGCUGAAUUCUUUGAAAUCCACAACAGGAACACCUCCAAGCCAUUAAAGCCUACGAGGCAAAUACUAUAUCCUCUUUAGAAGCUAUUACUCCACAUGAGGUUCCACUGAUAUGCCGUCCAAACCUAAUAAACAACAGCGCUGACAACAAACGUGUUUGCAGUGUCAACUUAAAGAACAAGAAUUGAAAGGCUCACUAGCUCGAUGCCCUCUCUCACCCAAAAGGAAUUUAAUAAGGCCAUAGAAAGGUCUGUGAUUGCUAUGUCGAUGUCAAGUAAUCAGCCAAAGUGGUUUCUGCCUACUUGCUUGUCUACUCAUCUGUCGCCAAGGAAAAGUAUCGAUGGCUAUAGUCAUGCCUUCAUGUAGAGAGCUGUGUGGCACAGUUCUACGAGGAGAUGAGGAGGAGGUUGUGGAAGACCCGGCACAGGGGGAAAAGGUGAGUAAUAUGAUAUUGAACACAGCUGAUUGAUUGACUAAAGUGGGAAUGGUUAAAAAAGAUGUGGUUUUGGGAUAUAUUGGGUGGCCUUUUGAGGUGUGAUGUGACAUGCAUUGAAAUCAUGAAUGGCCCAUGACAGGAAAUAACCAGUUCCUUAGCAAUGAUGACUUCCCAUUCCUCUGAAACUCAUGUGAGGGAGGGCUGCACUGGGAGGGCCUCCCUCUUCCUCCCUUCUUCCCACUGGGGUUAGAAUACCUACAAUUCAGAGCCAACCAGAAAGAAAUAAAGCUUUUCAGCAUCUCGAAAGACUGGCAAGUGGCAACCACACUCCACUCACUGGUAGCAUGUUGUGUCAUAUUCCAAUGUUUGGUGGCACAGCAAAUUAACAGUAUAUUUUUUCUGUGCCAAGAAACCCUUGUUCUUCAGGCAAAUUUCAUAGUGAGUCAAGAACUAGGAUGCAUGGAAAUUAAACUUUGUGUUGCUGAGGGUAUGUUAUACAUGGUAUGAGCAUGGAUAUGAUUAAGAUUUUUCAGAGAUUUCACUGUAUGUUCUGCUACAUAUAAUGCAGUCCAGAAGAGCAGAAGCUCCAAAGGGCACAUUGUAAGAUCA